AAAAGGUUUACUUUUUCUUUUAUAUAUGAUUUCCUGACAGUUAUAACAGUUAUUCAUGAAAACAACCUCUUCCACGUGUGUCUCCAUGUUCCUUCGUAUUCCUCCAAACCAAAAAAAAAAUUUAAAAAAUCCGUUGCUUCUUCGUUUUCCUCCAUCAACAUAUUUUCUGAGCUUUUCAAUGGCUUCUCAGAACCCUAAUGCCCAUAAAGCCCCAUUAUAUCCAAAGGUGAUUAACAACAAUCCAAAUCUCCAAUCAACCUCUUCUUCUCGUACCAAUCUUUAUCCAACCAUAGACGAAAAGGACCUCGCCGAUGAAGUGCUCAUACCUGACGAUUACAAAAUUAUUCAUUCUGCUCCAUGUACCCUUCCUGAGUCCCGCGAGGAAACACUUCUCGUUAUCCCUGGAGUCCUCAUCCAUUUGAUCGAUAAAGAGUACUCUGUUGAGCUAGCUUCCGGAGAUUUUACUCUGUUUCGUCUCCUCCAAGAUAAGAAUACCGUUGCUGUCAUUGCUCGGGUGGAAGACGACAUCCAAUGGCCGUUAACUAAGGACCUGACCGCGGUUAAAUUGGAUGAAUCACAUUAUUUCUUCUCAUUUCAAGGUUUGAAAGAGGAUGAUUCGGAUUCUAGUGAUGACGAUGAGAAAGAAAAGGGUAAAAAAAAGAAAAAGAAAAAGAAAAAGGAUAAGGGGCCGAUGGAUGAUACGUUGAAUUAUGGUUUGACAAUUGCUUCUAAGGGUCAGGUGGCAUUGUUGAAGGAGUUGGAUGAUAUUUUGAAAAGUUACAGCAUCUUUUCUGUUCAGAAGGUGGAGGAAAAGGCGGCAUUGGCAAUGGGAGGAUCAGUGGCGAGGGAGUUGUCUCCAGAUGACUUGAAAUCAGAGAAGAAGAAGGUGUUAGAAGAGAGAUGCACUCAAUACUGGACCACGUUAGCGCCCAAUGUGGAGGAGUAUAGUGGAUCAGCUGCAAAAUUAGUUGCUCAAGGAUCAGGGCAGCUGAUCAAGGGGAUUUUGUGGUGUGGAGAUGUGUCAAUAGAACAGUUGACGCGCGGAAAUGUGGCUUUAAAGCAAAGGAUGGUUACAGGGAUGAAGGCCGAGAUUAGUCCUGAAACAUUGAAGAGGAUUAAAAGGGUUAAGAGAGUAACAAAAAUGACUGAGAAAGUAGCAGUUGGAGUCCUUUCAGGAGUUCUCCAGGUUUCAGGAUUCUUCACUCGUUCAGUGGUAAAUUCCGUAGUAGGAAAAAAGUUCUUCAAGAUGCUGCCAGGAGAGAUGGUCCUCGCUACUCUGGAUGGAUUUUGUAGAAUAUGUGACGCUGUUGAAGUAGCUGGAAAGAAUGUGAUGUCGACAUCAUCCACUGUGACAACUGAACUUGUAUCGCAUAAGUAUGGAGAAGAGGCAGCAAAAGCGGCAAGCGAAGGGCUUGGUGCAGCCGGGCAUGCUGUUGGGACUGCCUGGACUGUGUUUAAGAUCAGACAAGCUCUCAACCCCAAAAGUUCCUUCAGUAAAGUCACCCAACUUAAGUCAAGUGCUAAAGCUGCUACUGUGAAGAAGGCCAAGAGCUCAAAGUAUUGAGGCCCUUUUAAAAUGUUUCCCAUGUCAUUUAUAUUUGUACAUGUUAUUACAUAGAAAUCAAAAGGACUUUAGUCUUUGUAAAUGAUCAAAAUUUCCACACUAGACCACCUCAAUUUCUACUUUUCACCCUCUAGCAUUUUAUUGGAAGAGGGAAUGUGCACCCGCAAACAAUUCUUGCUUUGACAAGACAUACAUUGUAUCCAUAGUUGUCUCUGUAUGUAGUUGUAAUCAUGGAUAUAUAAUGAUAAUCCAACAAGGAAAUCUCUCUGCUUUAA